AACACUUUGCGCGGCUCUGGCCUCUACGCCGCUUGCAUCGACAAGACCCCAUCCAGUCCCAUCUUGAUCGUUGCAACCUUCCCUGCCGGCUUUUUGUCUGUCCCGGCCAGUGACAGUGCCCGUGUUACCAUAUUCAAUCGCCUGCCUGCCUUGUCCUGCCAGCCUCGACUCGUCCGACACCCCCGGCAAACAAGUCUCUUUCCUCCCUCGUCGACACACGUCUCACACGACCACCACGCUAGGACCCAUCGCCACACUGCACACACACUCUACGCCACGCCGCGGCUCGCAUCACACACCCCCUUCCUCUUCCACUCCCCGCCCUCUCCCCCCUUCCCCCGCCGUGCUCGCGUGACACGCCAGCUCGACACUUGCCUAUCUUCUCGACAGUGGCCAUCAUGAAUCGUCACUAGAACCCCCCAGAGCGGCAGCGCCAGCGCUCCACUGCGCACUUCCCCCCUCUCGCCCCUUUGCUUCUACCGCCGAGCCCCGUGAGCUCGGCAACAACAACAACUUGUCGCCCGUCGCCUCCUCGUCCGACCACCCCCCCCCUCCCGAACAAUUCUGCGGCACCACUCACUUGCCGCCUCCUUCUUCACCACCCCUCCCGAAGCACCCCCGCACAACCUACCAUGGCACACAUUGUCCAGUCGCUCGAGAACGCCGUCGAGGCCGGCGUGCAGGGCAUUAUUGGCAUCGCCGAGGGCUUUGUCGGCGCUGCGGCUCCGGCGACCUCGGGCACGAGCUCGGGCUCGGCGCCAGCAGCCUCCAAUGGUGCCGACGCGGCCCCCAUCGACACGGCUACCUCGGCGUCUGCUCCUAUCCCCAUCGUCGCGAGCAGCGGUGGCGAGAACGGCUUUGCCCACGCCCUUCGCGCUCAGAAUGACCCAUCUCCAACGUCAUUGGCAUCGCGCCUCGCAAUCGCGUCGCAAGACACGUUGGUUCAGCUCGCCGACGUCCCAUCAGGCUGGAUCCAUGUCCAGUCGACAUAUCUCGAUGCGGCCGGUGGCCAGAAGCGAGUCCGCUCGUUUGGUCUGAGAAAUGUCUCGGACGGCAAAGUGGACGUUGAAAUUGGCUCGGACCUAGGCCACCAGGUCGUGUUCUGGGCGGCUGACGACGAGAAAGCUCCGUCGUCUUCCGAAUCGUCCACCUCGUCCUUAUCGAACAGCGCAGGGUCUCCAUCCUUGAAUCUCUCGCUGCCCGUGGGCUCGACCACGACAGUGUUUCUCGCCUUCCAGCCCACAUCGUCGCAGCCCGCGUCCCCAGCAGGUGGCGCUUCAACCCCGUCAACAGACGACGGCUUUACCCCACGUGUGUUACCGGCUGGCGCAGCCGGGACAAAUACAGAGCUCUCGCCCGUCCCCAGACUCCCGUCAGCGGCGAGCACCAGCAUCCUCUCAGACACGGGCUCGAAUGCCGCCUCCCAGUCGAGCAUGUCGGCAUCAGGAAGUAUUGUUCGCGACGCGUCUGCUUCCACUCGCCGAUCUGACCCUGUCCACCGGUCGUUCUCGGUCCACGGCUCCAUCCUCGUCCGCGCGACAAAACCGGCCCAGUGGGACGACGCCGCAGCGGACACACUCAGCCCACCGUUCCCGGUUGGGCCCCAGGCCCAUCAAAACGUUGCCCUCCCGUUCUUCGCGACAGUCUGCCGUUCAUUCUUCUCGGCGGCAUUGAUAGACCCCGCCACCGGUCUCGCCACCGCCCCACAGCUCCAGUCUGGCCAGCUCCUCAUCGACUUUGGCUGCGACAAUGUUGUGGGGACCGAAGCUCACCGCGACAUCAUUCUCGUCAAUCGCUCAGAGAUUGACCUGAUCUGGAACACGACUGUCGUCAACGCACGCCACAAGGACAGCGUCUGGUUCUCUCUUCGGGAUCUCGACUCUGAGAACGUCUUUGGAGUCGACAACUCGCCCGAACCAGUGCCCCUGCCUGCCUUGUCGUCUCGUCACCUCCGGCUAUCUCUCCGCCCUCUGGCCCCCGUGCCAGAGUUUGACUUUGACUUUGUCAUUUCGAAUGUGCACCAAUCAGGAAAUGCGGUCAAUGUUCGAGCCACCGGCUCGUGCGGCGCCAGCCCUCACGACAACACGUUGCGCAUUCUCAGCGGCACAUCGCUGGACUUUGGUCAAAUCCCAGACGGCUCGUGGGCAAAGAAGCUCGUCAUUGCCAAGAACAUGGGCGAUAGGCCAAUCGACGUCCACUUCUCGGCUACGCCUGGCUACGACGUCGUCUACAGGCUGGCAGGAGUGGCGGGCGAGGACAUUGACGAGGACGUGCCCGUGCGCCCACGCGAUAAGAGGGCAGAGGUUCUCUCGCGGACGUCAACAAAGGACACGCGGGACUCUAACCGCGGUCGCGACAUUGCCUCCACAUUGAGGUACGCAGCAUCAGAGGCUGCCGGGCCAGCCAGCGGCAGCGCAAGGUCGCACGUCUUCACCGAUGCGUCGAGCGUGACGACGGACACCCGGACGCUUAAUGAGUCGGAAGAUUGGUCGGCUUUUGGCGUCAGUGACCGCGAAAGCUCCAUUCCGCCAUCGCGCCCGCUCUCACGCGUCACCUCGCGGGCAUCCAGCUACCGACCGACGCGAGGAGAGAACGAGUCUGAUGACGAGGACUCUCAGCACUUGUCUCCAAACGAGACAGGGCCAACAGAGGAGACCAAGCCAUCAGAUAACCUUGGCGACCGCGAUAUUCCCAAUCAGAUCGAGGAGCUCACGAUGCGCCCUGGCACAGAGUACCGCGUUUUUGCCAUGUACAGACCAGCACGCGACCUGGUCAACCCGCCAGACGUCGCUGGUGCCCUCAGGUCAUCGUCGUUCAAGCUCUUCUUUGAUUGGGCUCCAUCGAGCCAGCGUUCCCGCCCAGGAGCGCGCACAAGACAAGCGGUUCACUGCACCGCGACGUCGUGUACGUCCAUCAUAUCUAUCCCAUCUGGUCACCUUAUCGACUUUGGAGAGGUUACCGUCGGCGCAUCAAAGUCGACCACCAUUCAGAUCGAGAACAUGAGCGCGUUAUCCGCUCGUGUUGAGAUUGCCGCCAUUUCAAAGGUUCUCAACACCAACAGAAAUAUCAUUGUCAUUCCACCAUUCGAAACGGUUACUGAGCGAAUCGACUUCUUCCCCCGAAGAAUAAACGAGCGAUACGAAAAGCAGGUGUUUGUCCGCAACCUCUUUAAUAGAGAGAACAACCAGCUCAUUGAAGUGCGAUCCAAGAACGUUGACGUUUAUAAUGUUACCCUGCACUCUCACCUCUACCGAAUUCUUACGCCCUCCGGGAGCAACUUCCUCGACUUUGGCUCGGUGGUCAUCAACUCGCCCUCUAUCCGCACGGUUCAGUUCCAGAACCUCACGCAGAAGCCGCUUGUCCUGGACCUCACGGCCUCGCAGCCAGAGGACGUCGAGCUGUAUGUCAAGGCCGGCGACGCCCCUGUGCCCCAAGUGGCACCUGCCAUCCUGGCCAAGUACAACUACCUCACGGCCGACUCGGACCGACCAAAUGGCAACCUCAAGGAGCGCUUUGUCGAGUCACUCCAAGACAAGGACCAGGGAGCCAACGACUCCAAGCCGCCGUCCAAGUCCAAGGCACGCGAGAAGAGUGUCACAAGAGGCGUCAAGGAGGGCGAGAAGGCCUCUAUCGGCUCUUCGUUGGCGGCAACCCUCAAAAAGGGCGGCCGUGGCAAGCAUGUGCAGCUGUACGGUGACUCUUGCACGUUCAAGGACCGCACUCUGCUCGAUGAUGCCGAGUACCUUGACCUAGCGUCCGGACCCCCAAUCUCUGCCCACCGCACCCCUGCCACCUCCAAGCGUGCACAGCUUCUGGAGUCGAUUUCGCACGAAGACAAGACCAAGCUCUCUGGCCAGCACCCCAAGGUGCUCAAACUUGACUUUUCGGCGGCUGCCAAGGCCAACGGCCUGUACCUCAAGGAGCCCAAGCCUAAGAAGGUCAAGUCGGGUUCGAGCACCAAGAGGGACCCGUCUACGCCCGGAAGACACCGUCGGAAUCGUGACCAGGCACCCCCAACGACACCUUCCAGAGUGGGGUCGCGAACCGACGCUCCUUCGAGCCCGACGACGAUCCAGCCGAUCCUCAAGGCGCCGAUCCUCAAGUCGCAGUCGGCAGGCUCCAAGUCGCCAGCCCUGACAGGCAAGCGUAUCGAGCUCAAGGGCGACCCGGCAUCGGUCUCGGACGUCACCAAGCUCAGCCCAGACGAGCUCAUUGUCGCGAUCGAGCAACACGAGGCCAAGCGCUCCACCCAGGCUGUCACCCACCUCACUUCCGAGGAGGAGGAGCAGUAUGUCCGUCGCCUUCUGGCCCUGCGCAAAGAGUUCCAGAACUCGGUCAGCGGCGGCAAGUUUGUGGCGGCCCGUGUCUUGACGGUCCCCCCGGGAUCGUCGCGCCAGCUUGUGGUUCUCAUGACUCCGAACGGCUCCACGCGACCCCACAUCUCGACCAGAGCCAAGCGCGCCGAGUCUCGCAUCUUCAUCAAGCUCAUGGAGUAUGACCACUCUCUUCUCAGCUCUGCUGUCGGCGAGUCGUUCACCGAGCUGUCCGAGCUCCCUGUUAGGGACCUCGUGAUUAGAUCAUCGUGUGUCCGCUCGGUCCUCGAGGUUCAACAGUCGUCCAUCAACUUUGGCACCUGUGAACGCGGCGAGAUCAAGUCGCGCACCAUUGUCAUCCACAACAAGAGCGACUGUGUUGGCGUCUUCCGCAUGCGCACUUCGGGAUCCAUUGCCUCUGGUAAUCUCAAGCUCGGCCUCGGCCGAUACGGAGUUAUUUCGGCGUUUGGACGCAAGGAGGUUGCGUCAUUCUCAUUCACACCGACAAUGGUGGGCAACUUCCAAGAGACGAUUGCUGUUGAAAACGUACUCGACUCAUUCAACGACCAAAACGUGCUGGUCAAGGCAACGGUGCGCAAGAUGCCCGCGCUCUCGCUCGACGUCACCAAGCUGGACAUUGUUCCUACCUCGACCGGCGAGUGGCCCUCCAACUCUGGCUUUGUCAUCACCAACAUGUCCAAGACGGAGCGCACCUUUGUUGUCGAAGCUGCCGAUGCUCCGGCUGGUGCGUUUGCGGACAUCUCUCUCGCACUCGACGAAAAGGACGCCGGUGUGGCCCUGUCCAAGGUGGAGGAAGAGGAAGUGGAGGCCAUGCUGCAAAAGCUCAAGAUUGCGCGCCGCAAGAACAAGCCCGACAAGAUUGCAAAGUACGAGAAGCGCCUUGCCGAGCUGGGUGUUACAACUGCUGCUUCCGAGCCAGAGCCCGCCGCGGGUGCCGAGGCGGGCAGCGCACCUCUGUCUGGCGCGGCCAGCCCCGUGGUGCCCUCUGCCACUGCUUCCCGUUGCGUCGUGGUCACCCUCCAGGCAAACAAGAAGGCCAAGAUUUUGGUCAAUCUCGUCCCCGGCUCGGAUGGCAGCGAAGCCUUUGUUUCCACCGUCAAGGUGUUUGACCGCAAGAACACCGACGAGUCGGUCACGAUUGACGUCUCGGCUCAGCCCAAGCCUGUGGAACAGGCUCCUGCACCAAUCAAGCCGACUUCGGAAGACCCCCUCAACCUGGCCAUCAUGCGUCACUGCCUCGAGCUCACCUUGAAGUGCCCGGUCUCGCCCACUGCAUUCUGUGUUGGUUCGACGCUGUUCCUCCCCACGUCCGAGCCGCUCUUUGCGACCCUCAAGCCCUACUUUUCGACCUUUACGCACCCUGUCACUGGCACCGAUGCUGGUCUCAUCCUGGCAGACGGAUACUCGCGCCAGAUUCCGGGCAACACACAUGCCGAGGCCAACGCCCUGACAAACUUCCGCGAGCGAAUGACGGAGCUGGAAGACUCCCACCCCGAGUCUUCUCUUCCUUCGGCGUCUGAAGUGCUCGCCCAGUCCGAGUGCUUUGCGACAAUGGAACCGUGCUCUGUUCGCACGUCUGGCGGCCCGAGCUGCGCGCACGAGCUCGUUCGCGCCCACGUCAAGACGGUCUUUUUGGGCGUCGAGGAGCCACCCGACUUUGUCCAAUGCGAGGGUGUCAACAUUCUCGAACAAGGGGGCGUGCAACCCGCCAGCGCCAAGUGCCAGCGCCCCUGCCUGUUGAGCUUCUCAGUGCUCACACGCCACCCCCCAGAGUUCCAGACAGACACCGACAUCUCGGCCAAUGCCCGCGGUGGCGAGCGCGAGCUCAAGCCGUGGUCACCUGAUGAUGACGCGCCAAACGGCGCUGCCAACGGCCGUGGCAGCCCCGCUGGCAACCGCGACACCAUCACCUUUGGCGGACCGAUGAGCACCAUCCCCUGGGACCAGUUCGAGGUCAAUGAGCGUCUGUUUGGCGCAAAGACCGACUAUGAUGAGGAGAUCUACACGACCAAGCUUGAUCGCUCGGGCGCCGGCUUCAAGAAGCGGGAGCGCGACGCUGACCGCAUUGCGAAUGAGAUCCUUUCGAAAACGUCGAAUAACUCGCACAUGGCCGAAGAGCGUGGUCAGGCGACCCCAGGUGAUAAGGACGAGGAGGAAAAGUACUCUGGCGUCGUUCGCAACCCCAACGCCUACGUUCCGCCUGGUGCGCGCAAGGGCGGAGCUGGAAUCCCCGCUCGCAAGCCCGAGCAACCCAAGGCAGAGGCCAAGCCUGCCGCCGCCGCCGCCGCCGCCGACAAGGCCCCAGAGGUCGCCGCUCCUGUUCCCGUUACUCCGGCGAGCAAGACCAACGGCUCGGCUCCCUCGGCCCCUCCCGCCACUGCGCCUGCUGCCGCCGAGGCCCCGACUAUCCCCAUUGUCCAGGCUCCUUCCCCGACCCCCGCUUCCAUCCCCACCCGAUCCUCUGCCGACCCAGUGAUCGACCCAGCGAUCGCUUCGCAGGGACCCCGUGCCGCGCCGACGACCAUGAUGCGCAGCACGAGCCAAGUUCCUCCUGCGUCCAACGGGACUGAUGCCGCCGCGGCUGUGCCGCUCAGCACGUCGCCUGCUCUCCAGUCCAUCCCCCCAAUGGGUGCCGUUGUGGACCAGGCACGCCAGUUUGUCAACUUGGAGCGGGAACGCGUCGAGGCUCGCAAGCAGUCGAUGGCCAAGACGGAGCGCGCCCACGUCCUGUCUGACCUCAAGGCGUGGCAGUCCAAGUUCAAGGUGCCGCUCCCUAUCCCCAAGGAUAUUCUGCCGAUCCUCACCAAGGACGAGGUGAAGCAGAAGGCCAUUGAGGAGAAGGCCACAAAGGCGCUGCACGAGGAGAAGCCAAAGGCGGCGUCCAAGUCGCCUUCGCCAUCGCCGGCACCCCCCGCCGCUGCUGCGGUUGCCGCCCGCCCUCCCCCAUCGCCUCAGCCGGAUGCUCCAAAGCCGGCGGCGGCGGCUGGCCCCAAGAAGAUUGCCAUGAAGAUUCCAGAGAUCCCUCCGUUCAAACGCAAGGCACCACCUGCAGUGCCCGUGCCGGAGACGGCAGCGCAGAACAUUUCGCUCGUCACCUCGCCGACUCCGUCGCACACUUCCAUCACCUCGGGUGGAGCAGCCGCCAAGCUGAACCCCAACGCGUCGGCGUUUGUCUUCAAGCCUAACCCUUCUGCAGCGGCAUUCAAGCCAUCCGACUCGUCGGCAGUCAACAGCCCUGCCUCGCAGGCUGCCAAGCUGCCAGGCACGCCGGUCCUGGCCGGUGCUGGUGCGGCUGCGGCUGCUGCCUCGUCGACCUCAAACUCGUCCAAGAACCCGUUCUACCGCGAGGGACCUCCAAAGCGCCUGACUGUCAACCCUCGCGACGACUUUAACCCCUUCAGGCACGGCCAGGUGCCGUCGGCGUCGGCAGUGGCACCCCAGUGGCCAUACACUGGUCGCCGCUCAUCUGUCGCGCUGAGCGGGCCUCCUGUGCACCCGGGCAUGCAGCCUGGGUCGUUUGAAGGCGAGGACCCGUCGUCGCCUCACCAGGGACCUCCUCCGAUGUUGCAAGGUGGCGUGCCUCCGCAGUUCAUGAAUUACUACCGGUAUCCGCCAGGCAUGCACCCGCAGAUGCAGGGCGGUAUGCUGGGACCCAUGUUCCAGCCUGGCUCUGGCUUCAUCUCUCCUCAGCAGAUGGGCCAGUCGCCUAGCCACCAUGGGCAGCCACCCCACCCUGGGCCGAACGGAAUGCCAUUGUACUUCCCCAAUGGCAUGCCUCCCAACGCCCAAUUCUUCCCUCCUCAGAUGCAGUACCACCCCAACGGACCUGGACGACCCGGCCCCGGAGGACCGAUGUUCUACACGGGCCAAAUCCCACACCAGGCUCCUCACAUGCAGCCGCAGUUGUCGUUCACGGGCCAGCCGGGAGGCCAGCCCCACUUCCAGCAGCAGUCAUUACCUCCGCAGGGUGGGCCGCCAGCGCCACCCCAGCAUGGGUUUGAGGGAUCGCCGGUGCAUGGGUCGAAGGGAUGA